AUGACUUUCGGCUGCGUGUCGCAGGUGAUCAAGUACCUCGACCAGACCAACAUCUCCAACGCUUAUGUGUCGGGCAUGAAGGAGGACCUGGGCCUGUACGGCAACCAACUAAACUACAUGACCACCUGGUUCUCUGUCAGCUACUGCAUCAUGUUGAUCCCCAGCCAGGUCAUUAUGACCUGGGUGAGGCCGUCCUGGUGGCUGCCAGGGCUGGAGAUCGGCUGGGGUAUCAUGACGGGGCUGAUCGCCCUGUGCCAGAACGCCCAACAGGUCUACGUGCUGCGUGUGUUCCUGGGCCUGUUUGAGAGCAGUGCGUGGCCAGGAAUGAUGACCCUGCUGAUGUACUGGUAUACCCCAAUGGAGCUGGCCAAGCGUAUGGGCUUCUAUCACAGCUGCCAAUCGAUUGGAAGCAUGCUCUCUGGCGCCCUUCAGACCGCUAUCCUCGAAACCGUUGAUGGGGCUCGGGGCAUCGCAGGCUGGCGCUGGCUGUUCGUCAUCAACGCCUGCAUGACCGUUGUCGUCGGGCUGGCUGGGUUUUUUAUGCUUCCCGACUAUCCUUCGCAACCCAACCCGCGCGCCUCCUUCUGGCUCACUCCGGAGCACACUCGCGUUGCCCAGGACAGGCUUGAGAGGCAUGGUCGAGCCGAGGUCAAGAAGAUCACCUGGGCGGCGGCCAGACGGACGGCGGGCAUGUGGGUGGCGUACUUUGUGCCGCUGCUGUAUAUCGCGACUGUUUUGGCGCAGUAUGGGUACAACUACUUCAACCUGUUUCUGAAAUCCGUCACCAACUCGGAUGGUUCGCCGCGCUGGUCUACAGCCCAAGUCAACUCGAUCCCCAUCGCUGGUGGCGCCAUCAACGUCGCCUUUGUCUGGAUCUGGGCUAUCCUGUCGGAUGUUCUGCAGACGCGAUGGCUGCUCCUCGUCACCCAGGCUGUGCUGGGUUUGAUCCCGGCCAUCAUCAUGAGUAUAUGGACACGCCAUCCUAACAGCACACCCAUCGGAGCCGCUUAUGCGAGCUACUUCAUGUCGUACAUGUGUCUGGGCACGGCACCGCUCAUCAUGUCAUGGCUUUCUGAUUUGCUCCCGCAGGACCCGGAGGCGCGGACUUUAAUCCUGGGCUAUGCUAUUGCUGGCGUAUAUGCCAUUAUUGCCUGGUCACAGGUUCUGGUCUGGCCUGCCUCUGAGGCGCCGUAUUAUCGCUAUGCCUGGCAGGUUUCGAUCGCGCUGUGGAUUUUGGUGAUGAUUAUGGUUGUCUUCCUUCGCAUUGUGGAUAACAAGUAUCUGUUGUAA